UCGGAUCUGACUCCCGAACUGCCCCGCGGCACGCACUGCGGGGCAUAACUUCCCGCAAUCUUGAUUUUUUCUCAAUACUCUGCGAAUUCUUGUAAAUUAAACUGACAUCAUACCUGAGAUUAUCGUGUCAAUUUAUACCCGUGACAAUCCGAAAAAGAAAAGAGAUAGACAUAUAGGAUAUAGUUUCAUUCAAUGGCGCAAGCGCAAGACUCCAAAGUCGUCCUUGUGACUGCUGGAUCUGCUGGACUCGGUGCCGCCGUCGUCAAAGCACUGGCUGCUGCUGGUCAAUAUCGUAUCGUGGUCAAUUACUCGUCAAAUCGUGAGCGUGCGGAAGACCUCAUAAAAGAGAUUGAAAAAGCAUACCCCUCUUCGUUUUCUUCGACCAGAUUUGCGGCCAUUCAAGCGGAUGUCAGCAAGAGAGACGAAAUUAUCCGGCUUGUGGAGAAAACUGUCAGUACCAUGGGACGCCUGGACGCAAUAGUUUCCAAUGCGGGAUGGACUCGGUUUUCGAAUUUCCUGGACCUGGAUGAAAGCGUGGUCGAGAGCGACUGGGACAAAUGCUUCAAUAUGAAUGUCAAGUCGCACUUGUUUUUGAUGCAUGCAGCGAAGAAGCACCUUGAGGCUACCGAGGGAGCCUUCCUUUUGACAGCGUCGACUGCAGGCGUCAUUCCUGCUGGAAGCUCUAUGGCAUACUCCGUUAGUAAAGCAGCCGAGAUUCAUCUGAUGAAAUGUCUGGCAAAAUCCACGGGACCAAGAAUUCGUGUAAAUUCAGUCUCCCCUGGGCUUAUGCUUACCGACUGGGGAUUACAAUUUCCUCAAGAACAAAUCAACGCAUACAAAGAGCAGACGAAGCUUAAAUCGAUUCCUGCAGUCGAGGAUGUUGCGCAGCAAGUUCUCUGCUUUAUCCAGAACCGAUCAAUUACAGGCGCCAAUAUCGUUAUCGAUAGCGGAUAUACAGUGUAGAAUCCGGACUGUGUGCACCAUGGACGACAGGAUGGGUGUGGGGGAAGGCGAGGGGCUUAGAAGCGGGAGAGGAAUCUUUAGGUAGUAUUUUAGCCAGUUUAGUGGUACGGAAUAGCGUUGUUGAGUCCUAAUCUAGGGAUAUCGGGUUCCUCGUUAUAGCUCGCUGUGUCUGUUCAUAAAUACAGAUCCCUUCUAGUUGAAAAUCAAGGCACCCUUAACGGUACACGGUGGGGAUUCUGGGCUUCGCUUCGCUAAAUCCUAAUGAAAAGACCCCACCUUUGCUCAAGACAAGCCACCCCUUCAGGACAGCAGGUUACGUCACGGU